AAAAGUCAGAUGCAUUGCGACAUGUUUUCCUUCCUUAUCAAAAACAUUUUGCCUUCGUACACCAAGUUCAUAACUUGACCUGUGAAGGGACAUCACAACUUCUCAAAUAGGAAGUUAUUCCCUCCUGCAAUUCAUAGCUGUAUUUUUUCUGUGUGAAAGAAUCUUAAUAAUCAGAAACAUUGCAACAUAGUUUCCCUUGUCAAAAACUUCUCGCCAUUGGACCCCAAAUUCAUGUUUUGAUCUGUAAAGCAACAUCAUAAGUCUACAAUUGUAUAUGGAAACAGUUGAUAAGCUUACGCAAUGUUGUUUUUGGGUCCUUCCCACUGUGUUAGAUUUCACUCAUUUGUUGGAAUGCAGCUCUACACCAUAAGUUAUCAGUGCUAGUGUUUCUUUACUAGUUCGAAUAUAGGUUGAAAAUGGCAAUCAUAGUUACUUAAGAUAUGCUACAACAUUAUCGAAACCUAUCAUUUUGAAAGGGCUACUACAAAUGACGCUUCCCAUAGGCAGUAAGAUUUAAAAUUGGAAAUAGCAUGUGGUCUUUUCCUUUUAGUAUAUUUGAAGAAAGAAGAAACUAAGCAAAGCAUCACAACUAUUUUGUUGAAUGAGAAAAUCAGUCGUGGUUUGGAAGAAACAUGUAUGUUUGAAACCAUGCCAAGAAAGAUCAGUUGAGCGAUUUUAAGAUCCAAUUAUGUCAAGGAAGUGGAUGUUUUCAGUAGUAAAAAGUUCUAGGAAAUGGCAAGUCAAGAGAUAACCUUUUCCUGAGGAAAAAAUUCAAAAAUUGAAGUACUAGUGUUAUUUGGGAAUCAUUAGGAAACAUAAAGUGGUAUUAAAAGAUCAAGAGAUAUAGUAAACACAAAACUACUGUAUGCAUUAUGAGUAUUUUCUCUUCAAAUUUUUAAUUAUGUAUUUGGUUAUUAAUAUUUUAGAAAUCAAAUACGAAUGAAUAUUAAGUCUGGAAAGCUAUACUAUGUCACAAUUUUUCUUUAAAGAAAGAGGAAGGAAUAGAAGCUCUUUUCCGGUAGCAUCAAUGAGCUUUGAGCCUUGGCCAAAUAUCUAUGACGAGUUGGCUAAAUUCUAUAAGGUUUUGACUUUGUUUAGGAGACAUUUGGAACAAAGAAUCUUGGAUGGAGAAAGAUGAUUAAAGAACCUUAACCUUAUUUUGUUCGUUCUAAUUAUUCUUGAAUUCAUUGGUAUUGCUAGUGGUCUCAUCAUAUUUCAAUUGUACAGGACCCCUGGGUAGAUUCCUUAUGGGCAGUUUACCCCGAUAUCUUUGUUUGGGGUUACCUUUUAUGGCUUUUCUUCUUUUCCUAGUUCUUUUCUCAUCUUGGCUCAUUUAGUCCUGCACUAUUGAGGUGGAGUUGUGAUGAAUUCAUCAUUAGAAAUCAUCAGACAUCACCAUUGUAAUGUAAAAAAUUUCUCAAGUAUUUUAAGGGCGAUCUUAACCUUCUUUGCUUAGAGUUGUUUAUUCAAUUGAUGUGUUUUCCUUGUUAUGGUUCUCGAUUGAUUUAUUCAGUAUUCUUAUAUAAUUGUCUGCUGUAAAAUUUCUGAUAGGCCAAUGAUUCUGGUUUUGUCUGUAACUCUGUAUUUUGUUCGACUUCCAUAUUAAUCAGUGAGAGCUUAAUUUAUGUACUUUAAUCAGAUAUCAUCAAUAACUUGAAUCCUUAGCUUCUCACUGUUUUAAAAAAAUAACUUGAAUCCUUAGCUUCUCAGCAUUAAGAAACACUGCUCAUCUUACAUCAGGAAUUGACAGAUGAAAACUCAAAGCAGUGAGUCUGCUUUGUGAUAGCUAAUUAUGCGUCACUAUUAAUAUUCCUUAAUGGUCACUGAUUUUAUCUAUUUAUUUUAUUAGUGUUUAUAUAAGAUGCCAAGCAAUUUUUCAUCUAAGUGCUAGCAACCUUCAUUGUAUAUAUGUUGUCUUUCUGUGUUCUCUAGUUGUAUAACUGAUGCUGGUUGUAAAAUUGUACACAGUGAGAGAGAAUUUGCGUGCUUCCAAAAAGGAAUAUGGUAAAACAGAAGAUGAUUUGAGGUCGUUUCAGAGUGUUGGGCAGAUCAUAGGCGAAGUGCUUCGGCCUCUAGAUAACGAACGCUUGAUUGUUAAAGCCAGCAGCGGUCCAAGAUAUGUGGUUGGCUGCCGCAGUAAAGUGGACAAGGAAAAACUGGCUUCAGGCACUAGAGUGGUUCUCGAUAUGACGACUCUUACAGUCAUGAGGGCACUCCCCCGUGAAGUUGAUCCUGUUGUAUAUAAUAUGCUUCAUGAAGAUCCUGGCAAUAUAAGCUACUCUGCUGUGGGUGGACUGUCAGAUCAGAUCAGAGAGCUGAGAGAAUCAAUAGAACUGCCUCUAAUGAACCCUGAACUUUUCCUCCGUGUUGGAAUUAAGCCUCCAAAGGGUGUUCUUCUCUAUGGGCCUCCUGGGACUGGCAAGACCUUGUUAGCCAAAGCAAUUGCUAGCAACAUUGAUGCCAAUUUCUUAAAGGUAGUAUCAAGUGCCAUUAUUGAUAAAUACAUAGGUGAGAGUGCAAGAUUAAUCCGGGAAAUGUUCAACUAUGCUCGUGAUCACCAACCUUGUAUCAUUUUCAUGGAUGAGAUUGAUGCAAUUGGUGGACGUCGAUUUAGCGAGGGAACAAGUGCAGACCGUGAAAUUCAGAGAACGCUCAUGGAGUUGCUUAAUCAAUUGGAUGGAUUUGACCAGCUUGGAAAGGUAAAAAUGAUUAUGGCAACAAACAGGCCAGACGUUUUGGACCCAGCUCUUCUUCGUCCUGGUCGGUUAGAUAGAAAAAUAGAAAUACCCUUGCCUAACGAACAAUCAAGAAUGGAGAUCCUCAAGAUUCACGCUGCUGGAAUUGCCAAACAUUGCGAUAUUGAUUAUGAAGCUGUUGUUAAGCUUGCUGAGGGUUUUAAUGGAGCUGAUCUUCGUAAUGUGUGCACCGAAGCUGGUAUGUUUGCAAUACCUGCAGAGCGUGAUUAUGUCAUCCAUGAGGAUUUCAUGAAGGCUGUAAGGAAACUGAAUGAAGCAAAGAAACUUGAAUCAAGUGCGCACUAUAGUGCUGAUUUUGGCAAGGAGUGAGAGAUUUCUGUGAUAUAACCCCAAGGAGCUAUUGGAUUGUUCCACAGUCUUCCGUCUGGCCACUUGCUUUACAAUUGUAGUUCCAUAUGCUUGUAUUGCCUAGCUUCAAGAACGGUGUAAAGCAUGUUUUAAGAGAGCAUCCCACACCUGGUCAACCCUUUUGUUUAGCCCAUAUGCUUUGUCGGACAUUUCUCCUAUAUAAUCUUUAAUGGACGGUAAAGGUGAUGAUUGAUAUAGAUAUGAUUUUCUGAUGACUGAUCAGAAUAUACGAUAUAAUUUUCUCAAUUUGCAGUUCGAGCCACUGAAUUCUGAAAUCGUGAUUGAUAUAACAAAUACCUUCAGCUUGAUUUUCAUAUAGCGUCAUCCUCUACGCGUAGAGAAUUAACUACUACUGCAACUUAGCAAAUGUGCUUGUGUUGCAUCCGGAAUUAGAGUUCGUAGAUGCUGAAGGUGAUCGUGAAAUCUCUGUUUGA